AAUACAUUGAAUAUAUUGAAUAUAUUUAAUUUCGCUGAGAUUGUCUUCCCCAAACAAACUUAUUCAAAAAAUUAAUACAAAUUUUAUUCUCUAAAGCUCAAUUGUAUUCUUAAUCCAAGAUGGCUAAUUCAAUUAGUGAUCUAGAAAAACAAGGCAAAUUCUCCUCAGGAGAAGCUGAAGUUGAGGUUGAAGCUGGCAUCGACGAUGUCAAAACCAAUGGUCUUGACAGAGAAGAAUACGAUCCUCAUACUGGUGUUAAAAGAGGUUUAAAGACUCGUCAUAUCUCUAUGAUGGCCAUUGCAGGAAUUAUUGGUCCUGGUUUGUUUAUUGGAAUUGGUCGUGGUCUUGCUCUUUGUGGUCCUGCUGCUUUAAUUAUCGGUUUUUUCAUUGUUGGUUGUAUGGGUUUGAUUAUGAUGUUCAGUAUCGGAGAAUUAAACACUCUUUACGAUUUCAAUUUCAAUACUCACGCUGAAAAAUGGGUUGAUCCUGCUUUUGGUGCCACUGUUGGUUGGUACUAUGUCAUCUUAUGGAUUUGCAACGUUAUUCAGGAAUACGUCUCCUUCACAAAUAUUCUCACCUUCUACACCGACGUUGUUCCUAUCUGGGGCUGGUUUUUAAUCUUCUGGUUUGUCUUUACUCUAUAUCAACAAUUGGGUGUUGAAGCCUUUGGUGAAGCUGAAUAUGUUCUUGCUUUAACAAAAUUGGUCUUCAUUACUGCUUUCUAUGUUUUCGCCAUUAUCUAUGCCGCUGGUGGUAUCAAAGGUCGUUCUCCAGGAAAUCCUUUCAAGGAAACUCCCUUUGCUGAUGGCUUCAAAAGUAUUCUAAACUCUUUUGUCUACGCCGGUGUUUACAUGUCUGGUAUCGAAAGUAUCAGUUUAACUGUCAGUGAAUCAAAAAACCCCAGAAGAGCUAUUCCAUUAGCUGUCAAACAAACAAUGUUCAGAAUCUUAUUUGUCUAUUUCGGUAUUUGUAUCAGUUACGGUAUCACUGUUCCUUAUGACCAUCCUGCCUUGUCUUCAGAAAACAGAACAAUGAAGUCCCCAAUGACAAUUGCAUUCACCGAUGCUGGUUGGGCAAAUGCCGGUUACUACGUCUCAACUGUCGUUGUCAUUACCUGUUUUUCCUCCAUCAACUGUGCUAUCUAUCUUGCCAGCAGAUCCUUAUACAAUCUUUCCCACGAAGGUUACGCUCCAAAAAUCUUCCAAACACACAACAAAAGUGGUGUUCCAUACGUUGCAAUCCACACUGUCCAUUUAUUUUCCUUUUUGAACUUAUUAACCCUUAGUGGUAGUGGAGCUAAAGUCUAUGCCUACAUGGUCAACAUUUCCGGUGUCUGUACUUUUAUUGUUUGGUCUGCCAUCUGUUUUACUCAUAUCAGGUUUAGAAAAGGUUGGUUGAAACAAGGCCACACUUUGGCUGAAUUACCUUAUAUUGCUCCUUUUUUCCCUUAUCUUACAUACGCUGCGCUUGCUGUCGGUAUCAUCUUAAUGUUGGUUCAAGGAUGGAGUUGUUUCGACCCAUGGUCAGCUCCAGAUUUCGUUGAUAUGUACAUCUUAUUGCCAUUAUUCCCUGUUUUCUAUUACGGUUACAAAUAUUACUUCAAAACCAAGUAUAUCAGCUACGAAGACAUGGACUUUGAAACAGGAAAGAGAUUCACUGGAGAACAAGUUGAAAUGCUCAAAAUCCAAGAUCAAAAUGAAAAGAAGAAACCAUUAUUUCAUAGAAUGACUCAUAUUUUCUCUUGAUUUGGAAUGGUUUUUCAAGUUUAUCUAGAAUCA